UCUCGGAAACAAAACUUUUAUCUUUUGCAACUAGCUCUGCGAAUCGCAAUCGGCAGACCAAGUCGGCCAGGCAUACCGCCGAUCCACCGGCCAGAAGCUCAGCUAUGAACGUCGCCCUGAUGUGCGCGGCGCGGCGAGCGCGUGAAGCCAGCGUGGCGGUCGGCGUCCCGCUCACCGAGCCGUUGCAGAUGCGAGCAGAGGGCGAGGCCUGGGUGGCCAUCGGCGUCCCGCUCAUCGAGCCUCGUCCCCGGCGCAAACCUAGCCCUUACGAGCUGCCUCUAAUCAGGUGCUUCAUGAUCGUUGCAGGGAUUAUAUUUACAAGUAUUAUCAUCAUGGGGGAAGGGCCACUCGCAACAAAAAUACUUGGUUUGUGCAUGCUUUGGGCUUUCAUGAUUGGAUUACUCUGGGCUACGUUUGAAGCAUGCAAUUUGCCGGAUGUAGACACAACCGAAUCCUAGUAUCUUUGCUCCACAACUGGUUUCUUGAAUGGUGGAGUAAUAAUAUCCAAGUGAUCUUUCCAUUUAUAAUGUCUCAUGUAUAGCGGACUCAAAGGUGGCUAGGCUCCUGCCGUGUGUUUGAGGGCUUGGCCGCUUGGGCGUGUGGUCUAUUUGGAGACAAUAUCAGGUGAAAACCCAGCCUUCAGUGAAAGCGUGGAAACCUUACCACGGGCUGUUGGAUCUUGUAUGUAUGGACUAGAUUCAUUCAUAACUGCUACAUGCAGUUUUGCAGAAAAACGCCCGCUCCCAGUGAAGCUAUUCUGCAUAUAACCCCCUGAUGCAUACAAGUACCACACCUAGCUCCUCGUCACAUGUGACCCUUAGUCACAUGCCCUUCAUUGCGUUUGUGCUUCUCCAAGUAUAUGAGCCUCAUAUCACAGCUAGCUUAAUUAGAACCAUGUCCAAUGAAGCUCUGCCCAAAAAUAUUGA